UGCACACCCGGUCACACUUGAACUGCGGGCAAGUGGUUUUUUCGUGAUAAAAUUAAGGAAACGCGAUUUCGGCAUUGAUAAGCGAUCUGAUAAUUGCCAGCAAAGCACUCCACGGGCAGGCGGAGCACCAGGCCCAGCUGGAUAUAGAAUAUAUAGCGUAAUGCACCGCCGAUCGGCUGGAAGAGAGCUAGUGCAGUGCAGUAACCUUCUGACGUUCGCUUUGCAGUCGUGGUGUUUUGUUAUUGGGGCGGAAAAACGACAAACGAGAUUAUAAAUAGGCACGGGUCACGAAAAAUGUGUGUCGGUUUCGGGAGGAUGCAAGUGCAGCUGGAUUCGCGGAUAUAGUGCGUCUGAGUGUUAUCCGGGGAAUCCCCCCACUUAAGUGGUAGUACUACCCAUACUACGUAGUACCGUGAAACCCGGGUGAAAUCAACAAUUUAGGUCGAAAUUUCGGGCAGUGCUGCAGUCGCUGAUUUAGCAGCUUAAUCAAGCGGACGAACCACGGGCCCAAAGCGGAGUCAACAAAGAAGCGGCCAAGAGAAACGUCGAAACACAAGACACAAAAUACAUAGUUUCAACGGCGCAACAGCACACGUUCAAAGUGAAGGUCAACGUCACAACGAUUGGAGCGGCAAGUCUGGCGGCCGAAACCGAAAGACAAAGCGAUCCACCAUCCACACCGGUACUCUCCUCCGUCUCCAGAUAGCCAAAGCCAGCGUUAUGGCCACCGCAUCCACCUCACCCGCAUUUCUCGCUCCCAAUAAGCGGCUAGGAUGGAUGCUUGCCAACCUGGUGGCCCUGCUCAUCCUGGUGGCCCAAGUCCUGACCACCGAAACCACCAUGCCCACGCAGAACAUGUCCAACAAGGAGCGGGCUGAACUCAGGGAAGAGGCCCGCGAUAUGUUCUAUCAUGCAUAUCACGCCUACAUGGAGAACGCCUAUCCGGCGGAUGAGCUGAUGCCGCUCUCCUGCAAAGGACGCUAUCGCGGAGUGACGCCCUCACGAGGCGACAUGGACGAUAUCCUCGGGAACUUCUCCAUGACGCUGGUGGACACUCUGGACACCCUGGUGCUGCUGGGAGAUUUUACCGAGUUUGAGCACGCGGUGAAGCUGGUUAUCCGCGACGUUCAGUUCGACAGCGACAUUAUUGUGUCGGUGUUUGAAACGAACAUUCGCAUGGUCGGUGGCCUGCUGUCGGCCCACAUCCUGGCGGAGUAUCUGCAGAAGCAUGCGGACACGAUGCACUGGUACAAGGGCGAGUUGCUGGAGAUGUCCCGCGAGUUGGGCUACCGAUUGUUGCCCGCAUUCAACACAUCCACGGGUAUACCGCAUGCACGGGUUAAUCUCCGACUGGGCAUGAAGGAUCCGCAGUUAAAGAAGUCCCGUGAGACUUGUACUGCAUGCGCGGGAACCAUUCUGCUGGAAUUCGCCGCUCUUUCGCGGCUCACUGGCGAUCCCAUCUUUGAGGUGCGAGCCCAUGCUGCAAUGGAUGCGUUAUGGAAGCUACGGCACCGUGGCUCCGAUCUCAUGGGCACAGUGCUCAAUGUCCACUCGGGCGACUGGGUGCGCCGGGAUUCCGGAGUCGGGGCCGGCAUCGACAGCUACUACGAGUACCUGUUCAAGUCGUAUGUCUUGCUGGGCGAUGACAAGUACCUGGCACGCUUCAACCGCCACUACAACGCCGUGAUGAAGUACGUCAGCGAGGGGCCCAUGCUGCUGGACGUCCUGAUGCACAGGCCACAUGCCAAGUCAAAGAACUUUAUGGAUUCUCUCCUGGCCUUCUGGCCUGGCCUGCAAGUGCUUUCCGGCGACCUCAAGCCAGCCGUGCAGACCCACGAAAUGCUCUACCAGGUCAUGCAGAUGCACACCUUCAUUCCAGAAGCUUUUACCGUAGACUUCCAAAUCCACUGGGGCCAGCAUCCACUGCGCCCGGAGUUCAUCGAGUCCACAUACUUCCUGUACCGCGCCACUGGCGACCAUCACUACCUGCAGGUGGGCAAGCGGGCUCUGAAAACACUGCAGCAGUACGCCAAGGUCUCCUGCGGCUAUGCUGCCGUCAAUGAUGUGCGCACUGGCAAGCACGAGGAUCGCAUGGACUCGUUUGUGCUCUCCGAGACAAUCAAGUACCUCUUCCUGAUGUUCGCCGAUCCCCAGGAUCUGAUCAUCAACGUCGAUGAGUUUGUCUUCACGACCGAAGCUCACCUGCUGCCCCUGUCGAUUGCCCAACUAGGGAAUGCCACGUUUAGCUUUCGGCAGUCGGACGAACACAACGUACUCGACUUCAUGCGCACCUGCCCCAGUUCAAAUAAGCUUUUUCCUGAGAAAGUACGCAAACCACUGCGCAACUUCAUUACGGGCUCGUGUCCGCGAACGAGCGCUGGAAAGCGACUCAGCGCCCUGGAUUUUCAGGCAAGCAAUGCAGAUCAUCUGCGAGCUGUUUACGACAUGGGCAUUACCAUGGUUUCGGUAGGCGACCGCAGCCAAGGCAAGGUGCGACUGUUUCAUAGUUUCUAUAAUGCCAAAAGCCAUGAGGAAGGCGAAAUGGGACUGCAGUUUAUGCAGGAGAUGCUUGAGCUGACCAAGAUGCAGAGCAUUAAUCAGCUGGCGCAACUGCAGGCUGUGGCCUAUGCCACCGACGAGAAGGCUCAGGAAUGGAUCGCCCUGAUGGCAGGGCCUUCGCACUUCAGCCCCGAGCUCAUCGGCGACCAGUUCGUUCAGGGAGAUGUGGUGCUGGCCAAACCGCUGCGUGCCUGCGAUGAGCUGCUGGAGAACGCGGAGGAGGCCAAGGGCAAGGUCCUGGUGGCCGAGCGCGGCGACUGCACGUUCGUGAGCAAGGCACGGCUGGCCCAAAAGGUGGGCGCGGCGGCGCUGAUUGUCUGUGAUAAUGUGCCGGGCUCCUCCGGCGAGACGCAGCCCAUGUUCGCCAUGUCCGGCGACGGCAAGGACGACGUGCUCAUUCCGGUCGUCUUCAUGUACAGCGUGGAGUUCGGCAAGCUGUCGGCGGUGAUGCAGCGGCGGAAGCAGCCGCUCCGCGUCCGCGUCAUGCAGAUGGUGGAGUUCAAGCGAUGGCAGCUGGCCAAGGCGCAGCGGCAGAAUCAAACCGCAACGGCCACACAGAAGCCGGACAAAGAGUUGUAGUGGACUGCUGCUACUGCUGCUGCUGCUGCUGCUGCUGGUGGACCGCCCUCAGCGUUAACCAUCGUUUUGGGGCUGCUUGAAACCGCCUUGAAAGUAUGGUUAACGCCACAAUAUAGAUAUACUUUCUAUAUUCGCAAAGUGUACAGGUACAGUAAGCGAUCGCAACUAAAUUUGAAAUUCUUGUACUUUACUAGACAUGUAAGCACGAUGGAAUCCUCAGCUUAGGGAUUUUUGCAUUUCGUGGUUGGUUCUCAGGCUAGCAAUUGGCUUCCUAGUGGCAAUUUGAUAACCGAAUCGCAUCCGAUAUCCGCAUUCGCGUUCAUUCUAAUUGUAUAUUUGCUCCACCUCACAAUUUUUUAGACGGAUUUUACGUUUUCGUGUAAGCAAAACUUGUGUACAUAAACCAUUAGAACCUAGCAACUAAUUAAACAACUAAUUAAUGAUUAAUUUUUAAGUAAAAAUUAGUUGAUAAUGUAGCCAGUCAGGAGAUUGAUCGACAAAUGUGUAGUUGAAAUUGUUUAGUUCUUAUACAACUAUAAAAAUAGUCUAAAAUAUAUGAAAAAUAAUGAAACAACAGAAA